UCAGUGUAACAGAAUUUUUACAGUUGCCUACUGCACCUAAGUUGAUUUCACUGGGUUCUGAUGGAACUGCAAAAAUUAUGACAGAAAUAGAGAAAGACUUGAACAACACAGAUAAAUGUAUCCAGACGUUAAUGAAGAUAUCAUGUGUGGUGUCUUCAGAAAAUACUAAAGCACAAAAUGCUGUCAAUGAAAUCGCAGAUUCUCUGUUAGGAAAGCUGUUACAUGGUACAGAUGAAAGGACCAUGGCUACCAUCUCAAACUCAAUUCUUGUACACAUAGGUUUGCUGAAGAGUGAAGACAAAGUAAAGCCAGUGGCUGACCCAAGUGGUCCAAUGCUGGUUUUAUCCCAUGUGGUCAAACAGUCAUACUUCCCUAAAUUAGCAAGAGAUAUAUUGCAAGUGUUCUUUGGCAGGCCCCACGAAAGACUUGACAAGUGCCAGCAGUCCAAACAUUUACUUCUUCAAAGUCUAUACCAGGUCUAGAGUCGUGUUCCAUCCGAAAUACUUCCCAAGAUAUCUACCAAGGAAUCGAAUAUAAGUAUGGUCAAUUAUCUGGAGUACAAUCAUGGUUUCAAGAUUCUGUGUGAACUUCAUGAUUGGACAGUUUUUAGCUCAACAUUUCGAUGAGUUGAAGGUUCAUUAUACAGUGCUGCAGACCAUUUUACGUAACAGCCGUUUUGGGUUAUUAUUGAUAUCCCACGCAUGGUCAAGUAGCAGAGUAAGGUUAGGUUUGAAGGAUGCUGAAGAGCAGCAUUUUCCCAUUAUUAUGUUUCUAUAUUUUAAGUUAUUGUGGUGCUGUCAAUACACGCAUCUUAUUUUGAGUCUACGGAAGAUGCAAAAGAUUUGUAUAGCCUUACUAGGAGAAUGCAUUUGCAUGGGUGUGUAUCAGUAUUAUGGUAAUUGGUCUGGAAUUGUGGUUCAACUGUUAUGUCGGAUGGUUUGCCAAGAAACAUACCAAAAAGCGAUGUCAGACUUUUACAAACUUUAUUGACUCACAACGUAAGGUAAUGAUAUGAUGUUGUCAACAACUUUUACUUUGUAAGAAUUCAAAAUGAGAAUACUCGUACAUAGUGCUUAUCUGUGAGCUAAACUGUAAAAAUUGUAACAAUUUGAAUUGAAAACAAGUAAAAUUUUCAUACAGGAUAUCAAUUUUUUUUUUCUUUAAUUAAAAGGUAAACAUUUAAAAAUGCACUUCUUGCCUUUAAAAAGAAGAGAUACAUUUAAUGCAAUUUAAGGCAGCACUAAGCAGGGGGGAAUAAGGAUUCCACAAUCAA